UUCCAAUAUAAUGGCGAAGAGUAGUAGAGCUUUUAAGAUAGUUUUCUUUGUUUUGCUAAGUAUAGGAAUAUGUUCAGCUGCAAGAACUCUCAUCGGUCUUGAUGUUGGUGUUGGCGCCAAAGUUGGUGUUUAUGCUGGUGGUGGUGGAGGAGGUUCUGGUGGAGGUGGUGGAAGUGGAGCUGUAGCUGGCGACCAUGGUGGAUAUGCCGGUGGAAGUGGGAGUGAUGAAGGGGGUGGAAGCGGAUAUGGUGCUGGAGGGGCAGCAGGAGGUGGAGGUGGUGGAGGCAGAGGUGGUGGUGGCGGUGGAGCUGCUGCUGGUGGAGCACAUGCCGGUGGAUCAGGUGCAGGUGAAGGAGGUGGAUACGGUGCUGGAGGGGCUCCAGGCGGUGGAUAUGGUGGUGGAGGGGGCCACGGAGGUGGUGGUGGAGGUGGUUCAGCAUCAGGGGGCGCUGGUGAAGCAUCAGGUGGUGGGUACGGAGGUGGUGAAGGUGCCGGUGGUGGUGCAGGCAGAGCUCAUGGAUCAGGAGGAUACGGAGGUGGUGUUGGAGGUGGAGCUGGUGGCGGAGGAGCCUAUGCCGGUGGUGAAGGGGGUGGACAUGCAGGUGGCUAUGGUGGUGGUGAAGGAGGUGGAUCCGGACAUGGUGGAGGUGGCUAUGCCCCUUGAAAGCUUGUUCUCUUCACAAUUUGCAAACAUUAUAUGAUUUCCUCUUCAUAUCUAUAAUACUAUUAAAAAAUAAUUAACAUGAUAAAAUUGUGAUAAGAAGAGGUCUAAUUUAUGAAAGCAAAUUAAAAAUGUUGCAGUAAGAAAAGUGUGCGCAUGCAUGCUUGUUUUUACUUAUAAGUUAUAAUAAUGAAAGAUGUCUAAACAAGGAUGUCUUGUAAACUAUAUUUGGUGCAUUUAAUAUAAGAAAAUGGUUUGUCAAA